UCAUUUUUAGAAGUAUAGGGGAAGUUCAUGUUUAAUCACCCGGAAGCAUACCCGCCGGAGUACCAUACAACCACUAGCUUUCGACGUUGAAUUCCCUCCGAUACCAACAUACCGAUUGUUUCGGCGAUUGGCUCCGUAAAUCUUCUUCACAAUCUUUUUGGUUGAGACAAUUUUGCGGACAUUUGGGUAAUUAAACAGCUCUUAUAGUUAGCAGGCAGUUAUAGAUGGAUGAGCCUGAUCCCUUGGAGCUUCUGAAUCAUUUAGAGGGCAUAUUGGAGUCCGAUCCUCUCAUUGAUGAAAUAGGAUUCAUUCACCCUUCCCAGUUUGUCUUAUUGAAUGAAGAUGUUGGCACUCCUUCAACAUCUGUUGAUUCUGUACAAACAACAAACUUUAGGACACUUUUCUGGAUUAGGGAUCACAAGUUGGGCAUCUCAACCAAGGUUCUCUUUCCACUUUAUGUUGCGGCCAAGAAUGCAUUUGUGGAAGCAUAUAAAAAUUAUAAAUUGCUCCAAAGAGAUGAUAAACAUGCUUCAAUGUGUUGCUCAUCUUCUUCACUUAGUCUCGAAAGUGAAUUGAUGAAGCACAGUAGGGCACUAUUGAUUCUAAGUUGUGAUUUUGGAACAGCAUGGAAUUCCAGGAAGCUUGUCCUGUCAAAGAAGCAAUCUCUUUCCAUGUUCAUGAAUGAGCUUAUCUUUUCAUCUGUGAUUCUCUCUCAUUCACCUAAAAGUGAACAAGCAUGGAGCCAAAGGAGGUGGGUGAUCAAGAUGAUUGCUGGAAAUUGUUCAAAUCUGCAAGAGAUUAUGGAAAGAGAAUCCGAGUUAGUGAAAAAACUAGCAGAGAGAUCAAAGAUGAAUUAUCGUGCAUGGUAUCACCGUUGCUGGUUAGUUUCCUACAUGUCAGUGGAACAGGUUCUGCAGGAGUUUAACAAGUCACGGGAGUGGGCUGGCCUCCAUGUUGCUGAUAACUCUUGCUUUCAUUACCGUGAACGGUUGAUGCUUCGUCUGUUUGAAGAAUCAGAACAUAGCCAGGAUCAAGAUGCUAGCUUUGAUCCAGAACUUCAUAAAUUGUUGAAGGAUGAGUUCAACUGGGUGGAGAAGUUGAUAAAACGUUAUGUGGGGAGAGAGGCAUUGUGGCUUCAUCGCCGCUUCCUCUUAACUUGCUGGAUAAGAUAUUUUGCAUGUGGUGAUCAUGAUAGAUCCUUGGCUUCUAACCAGAGAAACAUCAGGGCGGUUGAUAUUGACAUGCUCAUAGAUAAUGAAUUAGAACUAUUCCGUUCCUGCACAAUUCUACCCGACAGUGACUUUGAGGACUAUCAAGCUCAAGCAACCUUUGCUGCUACUUAUAUGGUGUGGCUCAAAAGGGUACUUUGCUUCAUAUAUUUUUUCAAUCUCGCAGUAAGUUUUGAACUUUUCACACAGUUGAUUUUAUAUGUUUUGAACCAGCAAUUAGCAGGGGCUCUGGCUAUUGAUAUUCAAAAGGUGGAAACAAGCAGAGUGAAGUCACUCCUGACUAAUGUAUGCCCAGAAAAGAGCUUACUUUGGAAUUAUUUGCCUGAGCUAUGUAUGUGAAAUCACAUAGCCCUUCUAAUAAGAGAAGAUGAGGAAAUUGUAGCAUAGUCGUCAUAUCAGCUUCAUGGAUUUAAAAUGUCGGUAUUGCUAUACAUUUGUUUGAACUUGAUGUUUUUACUUGUUCUCUCCUAAGUCCUAACACACUUUCUCCAGCGGAAGUACAAUACUUCUGACAUGUCUGGCUUCAGUGCACAUAGAUGCAUUGCCGCUGCUGCUGCACUUUCUCAUGUUACUGCAACUUGGAUACACCCAGCUAAUUAUCGCGAUAGAGGUGUCUCUACAGAACACAAUUGUGACAUAUUUCAAUGAACUUGUCUUUCUAUU